UAUUCCUCCAUAAAAUGUUAAAACGACAAUGUAUUCAGUCCUUAAAUAUCUGAGUUUGCGUUUGAUAUUGAUGACACAAAUUAGUGAUUGUGUUGAUUAUACAUAUGAACUUGAUUGCAAUAAUCUGCGAGUUGGACAGUACAUCUGCUCUCAUCCUGAAUAUGAUUUGAUUGACCCCAAGACGCAGCAGGCCAGAGGUUGCAUCAAGGAUAAUAAAGCUAAAGAUGAAUUUCAAUACCCCUGAGUCAUUUUUGCGAUCAAGAAGGGAUAUUGGAAACAAUUGACGAACUGCAGACGUUCUCGUUCCGAAGCUAAACCGAUUCCCUCCUGUGAGGGUAAUCCAUAUUACGAUAAUGAGUACAAGCGUUGUCUCAUGGUACCCGGAGGUGGUACGGUCAUUAAGGACGACCGGUCAUCGGCUCAAAGGCUCUUAAUAGCUGGUCCGUCCUACAAGAGCAGGUACUUUAUCAGCAGACAAUUAAGAAUCAUUGCGGCAGAAUGUGCAAAUAAUGUUGUGUUUUCGGAAAGAUUACGCAGAUGUGUCCCAGACAGUUCAUUAAGUACUGAAAAUAUUAGAACUCAGUUAACUAUUCCGACAUAUUAUAAGUUGAAUGUAAAUGCAUCUUCAUUUGAUAAUGAAACUGGAAUAUCAAAUUCUGUAGAUGAGGAGUUAACUGGGGAUGUAAUUUUAUUUGAUAAUGGAACUAUUUUGGAAACCCAUGGGGACGAUGAGUCAAAUGAGAACGCGAAGUUAUCUAAAAAUGGAACGCAGGGAACUUUUGCAGAUGAUAGGAUCAGCACCAAUGCAACGUCAUUUAAUAAUGAAACUGAAUCGGCGAAAACUGAAGCUGAUAAGUCCAACGGAACUGAGUAAUGGAACAGGAACAACAUCUGUGGAACUAAAUCAGAACGCGAGAGAAUUCAAUAAUGGAACUGAUUCAGAAAUGACUCCAAAUGAUGAGUUCAGAAAAAAUAUGACUUUGGCUAAUAAUGGAGUGACCACAAGUGUUGAAGAUGACGAUUUCAGUGACAACGUGGCUUCAUCUGACGAUACAACUGAGUUAAUAAUAUUAGUAGAUGAUAAGUUCAUUAACAAUACGAUUUUAGCGGAUAGUGAAACUGAGUCAGUAACACUUGAAAAUGAUAAGUUCAUUGAGAGCAUCACGUUAUCUACUGAUAGCGAUGAAAUAAUUGUUGAAUCGACUUCAUCUGACGAUACAACUGAGUCAAUAUUACUAGUAGAUGAUAAAUUUAUUAACAAUACGACUUUAGCAAUUAAAGAAGUGGACCUGAGGCAUUUUAUAUUAAGGAGCAAAAUAUUUUGGAGCUGUAAAAAUAAAACUGGUGUUUUAUGAUAGGAUUAGGGAUUUCGAAAUGGCUGGAACAGGUAGAGGUAGACCCCAAAGAGGAUAGACUUAAGUAGGGGCUCAGUCAGUUCUGGGGGUUUGAGUUUGAGUGGCGCCAGGCUACCGGCGCCCCCUCCAUGUCGAUAACGUGGAGGGGGCGUGGACGUCGGUAACGUGGAGGGGGCGCCAUUACUGGGGUGUAUGCCUAUCGGCCGAGCCGCUAACGCUUCAGUCUAUAGCUAUUCUUUUCGGAGUGUAGUCGUAUAGUGUGUACCUCCCGUACACAUCCACACCGCAAAGUGUAUCUUUAUCAGUGAAAAUAAAAACAUUCUCACCGUGAAAAUCUCUAAAGUUUUUGUGUUACUCAUCGAAACUCAUUUCUAAGUGCAACAAUGGGAGUACCAGCAUUUUUCCGGUGGCUGAGCCGCAAAUAUGCGUCUGUAAUAGUGGAGUGCAUCGAGCAGAAGAAAACGUCAGUGGACGGCGUCGCGAUUCCGGUAGACUCCUCUCAACCGAACCCCAACGGGGUCGAGUUCGACAACUUAUACCUCGACAUGAACGGUAUAAUUCACCCUUGUACCCAUCCGGAGGACAAGCCAGCGCCGAAAACCGAGGAAGAAAUGAUGGAAGCAAUAUUCGAAUGCAUAGAUCGUCUAUUUGCAAUCGUUAGACCGCGAAAAAUUCUCUACAUGGCGAUUGAUGGUGUAGCUCCACGUGCUAAGAUGAAUCAGCAGCGAUCGCGUAGGUUCAGAGCCUCCAAGGAGACAUCAGAAAAAAUCUUCGAGAUGAAUCGUAUUCGAUCUGAACUUCAAUCCAAGGGGGCAUAUUUACCCCCCCAGAAAGCCAAGGAAGAGCAUUUUGACUCCAACUGCAUCACCCCGGGUACUCCGUUCAUGGCUAGACUCUCCGCCUGUCUUCACUACUACAUUCAUGAGAGAUUGAACAAUGAUCCUGGGUGGCAGGGAAUCAAAGUGAUUCUCAGUGAUGCUAAUGUUCCUGGAGAGGGUGAGCACAAGAUCAUGGACUUUAUUCGCCGCCAGAGAGCUCAACCUGAUCACGAUCCCAACACUCAGCAUGUUCUUUGCGGUGCUGAUGCUGAUCUCAUCAUGUUGGGACUGGCCACUCAUGAGCCCAACUUCACCAUCAUCAGGGAGGAAUUCAAGCCAAAUAAACCGAGGCCUUGCGAUAUUUGUGGACAACUGGGACACGAGAUGAAGGAUUGUACUGGAGCUGAGCCUGAUGCCAAUAAGGAGGAACUGGGUUUUGGUAGCGAGUGUCAGUUUAUAUUUGUUCGAUUGAAUGUCCUGCGAGAAUAUCUGGAACGAGAGCUUCAGAUGCCAAAUCUUCCUUUCAAAUACGACUUUGAGAGGGCCAUCGAUGACUGGGUCUUCAUGUGUUUCUUCGUAGGAAAUGAUUUUCUACCGCAUCUACCGUCGUUGGAGAUCAGGGAAGGGGCCAUCGAUAGAUUAGUCAAUCUGUACAAGAAGACGGUUUACAAAACCGGAGGAUUUCUCACGGACAGUGGGGAUGUUAACCUUGACCGAGUUCAGUUGAUACUAUCAGAUCUAGGGGACAUGGAGGAUGAGAUAUUCAAGAAAAGACAGCAGAAUGAAAUUGCAUUCAAGCAGAGGGAGAAGAGCAAGAAGAGGAGGCUAGAUGCAAUUAGUAAUUUCAAACCCAAGUGGAUACCCACCGGGCAGUUUGCACCGAAUGCUAUCGGUGGAGAUGUUAAGCCGGUACAGAAUGCUAGGCAGGAGGCCUAUCAGAUGAGAAUGAUGGGGAGAAAUUACUCGACUAGUGCUGCUGAACGUAAACUACAGGGCGUCGAUGCUGGAAGUGCUCUUGAAGCUAUGAUUGUACCUGAAGGAGCAGACAGGGGGGUCAAGAGGAAGAAUGGUGAGGUUGAGGAAGAGGAUGAUCAGGCGCAUGAUGAAGUCAGACUUUGGGAAGAUGGAUUCAAAGAUCGAUACUACGAGUCUAAGUUUGAUGUGUCGGUUGAUAAUCUGGAAUUUAGGAACAAUGUUGCGCUUCAAUAUGUUCGAGGCCUGUGUUGGGUGCUAAGAUACUACUAUCAAGGAUGUGCAUCGUGGAAAUGGUAUUUUCCUUAUCAUUACGCACCAUUCGCCAGUGAUUUUAUCAACAUCGGGGGUCUCUCCACCGAAUUUGAAAAAGACACUAUACCGUUCCGACCUCUUGAACAACUAAUGGGCGUAUUCCCCGCUGCAAGUAGUCGUCAUGUGCCGAAACCAUGGGCCAAGUUGAUGAGUGACCCCAGAUCUCCGAUAAUAGAUUUUUAUCCAGAAGAUUUUAAGAUUGAUCUCAAUGGGAAGAAGUUCGCCUGGCAAGGAGUCGCUCUACUGCCAUUCGUUGACGAGACAAGAUUAUUCAAGGCUCUUGCUCCUUAUUAUGAAGUUCUCACAGAAGCAGAAAAGAAACGUAAUGUGAGAGGUGACGACAGGUUAUACGUUGGACCAGGAAACAGUGGAUACGAUUUUAUAAAAGGACUCUACACAAAUGGAGUAGAUCGAAAUGCUGAGACGGAGACUUCAAUUGAUGGAAUGAGGGGAAUGAUUUUAUUGGCUGAGGAUUGUGUCGGUGAAGGGGCCACUCUUCCAUCGCCUAUCAAUGGAGUACCUGUUCGAUAUAAUAAAGUUUACUGUGUGAGAUUCCGUGAUCCAAAGUACCUGUCAGGCCACAUUUUCCCGGCAAAAAGAUUGAAGGGUGUGAAAGAUCCAAGUCGGGUUUUGAAACCCCAAGACUUUGAGCAGAUGAAUCGCAACAAUGGGAAUCAGUGGAGGCCUCAGAUCGGCUUUGUGCGCUCCAAUCAAAGUGCCAGCCUUGGCGAUGGUGGACAUCGAAUGUUAGGACAUCACACAAAUAGUGGAAGGAAUCAAAGCCAGUACUCGCAUGCCUCAUCCCCGCAGAAUUCUUAUCAGCGUGGGUAUUCCAGCGGAUAUCAAACGGCAUCAGGCGGCAGUGGGCACAACAGUCAAUCGACUUCUUAUUCUGGUAAUCGAGGAUAUCAGAAUAAUUAUAAUUCACAAGGUGGUGGAGGCAAUAGGAGUGGAGGGUAUGGACAAGGACAGGGAUUCAAGUCUUAUGGUCAUCAGCAACAUCAGCAGCACUUCCAGCAGGGGAGGAAUCAUCCUUAUCAGGGACACAGGAAUAAUCAUCCUAAUGCUGAUAGAGGAGGAUACAAUUCAAAUUUGAUGAGGAAUCAACCUAAUAAUCGCUACGGAGGAGGCGGUGGAGGUCCCCGAAGGAAUUAAUGAUAUUCAGUAAUUAAUCUGCACAUAACUAUCACAUUCUAAUGAACAAUCAUCCGUGACAAAUGUUCAAGAAUUUUAUGUCACUGUAUUGAUGGACAAAUCUGAAGGAUAACUGACGACGGAGGACAUUGAAGUAGAACUUUUAGACGAAAUUUUACGAACACUGGUUUGACAGGUUCGUUCAUAUAUAUUUGUGAUAAGUGAACUAAACGGAAGAAUUUCUGAAUGACAAUUGGGAAUCAUUGACAUGGCAAAUUGCAAUAUGAUAUUGUACAGUGUGGAAAACAUGGAUUUUUUAAAAAGACGUCUUUAUUUAUGUCUCAAUAAUCAGAAUUUGAAAAUUUUCAAAAGCAAAUUGUUAAGGAGGAAAAAUUACUUGAAUUAUUACCCACAAUUAAAACAAUUUUUUGAUGAUGAGAAAGAAAUUUCUUAAACCGUGCGAAAUGAAUUACUUAUUAGAUAGUUUUUAGCCUCAAUUGUAAAUAUUUUAAUGCGAAACCCCGCAUUAAUUUGAAAAUUCAUUUUGAAUCUAUUUUUGAAUGGUUUUAUUUACGCAUUCAAACCAUAUCGUUCAUUCCGUAAUGAAAAAACAAAAUGGAAAAAUACAAAUGUGUUGAAAAAAUAAUUUUAGGCUUCUAUUUAUAAUGAUUUAUAACAUCUAUUAAAUAUUAAUUUCUUAGGUUGUAGAAUAGAACGAAUAUGUUUAAUAAGUCAUUUAUAUUGAGUUGGUUAUAUCAACCAAACACGUUUUUCUGACCGAGGAAAAAAUUUCUCGAUGCUAAUUUUUUUUUAAUCGAACUGUCAUUUUUUCGAUGCAAUUAAAGAUAUAUUGUCCGAAAAAUUCUUGUCUUCUUCGUGAAGAUGUGUGAAUUUAUUGAGUAUGAAUUGGACUUUUAGUAUCUUUAUAUGUAUUUGGCUAUUCAUUCACAGCCUUUCAACUGAUCAUUUAUGUCGAAUAAAAACUAUUUCUAUCUCAAAACAAGAA